AUGAAUUUUUUUAGCCCCAGCGGGAAGAAGUUCCGCAGCAAGCCGCAGCUGGCGCGCUACCUGGGCAACGCCGUGGACCUGAGCUCCUUCGAUUUCCGCACGGGGAAGAUGAUGCCCAGCAAGCUGCAGAAGAACAAGCAGAAACUCCGAAAUGACGCCCUCAACCCCAACAAAGGCAAACCCGACCUGAACACCACCCUCCCCAUCCGCCAAACCGCCUCCAUUUUCAAGCAGCCGGUGACCAAGGUGACGAAUCACCCGGGCAACAAAGUCAGGAGUGACCCUCAAAGAAUGAGUGAUCAGCCAAAACAGGUUAAUUAAGGAGCUUUUUGCGAGAAGAGGCUGCAGGGCCUGAGCGCGUCGGACGUGAGCGAGGAAAUCAUCAAAUGCAUGGAGCUGCCCAAGGGACUGCAGGGAGUUGGGCCGGGAGCCAGCACAGAAUCUCUGCUGUCGGCCGUGGCCAGCGCCCUCCACACCAGCUCGGCUCCCAUCACCGGCCAGAACUCGGCGGCCGUGGAGAAGAACCCGGGCAUUUGGCUGAACACGGCGCAGCCCCUGUGCAGGGCAUUCGUGGUCACUGAUGAGGAUAUCAGGAAACAAGAGGAAAGGGUUCAGGCGGUGAGGAAGAAGUUGGAGGAGGCGCUUUUGGCCGACGUCCUGUCCAGGAAUUGUGAAAAUCAAGAGAAAAACGAGGCAGAAAAUGGAAAGGAAAGUUAAAAAAGGUAUUUGGAGACCAAGGAGGAAAACCCUGGAAAAUCCCCAAUGUUUAAGGCACUUUGGGAAUUUGCAUAAAAUGCAAAAUUUGCAUAAAAUUUGCAUAAAAUGCAAAAUUUGCAUAAAACAUGCGCAAAAUUUGCACAGACUGCAAAAUUUGCAUAAAGUAUGCAUAAAAUUACCAUAAAAUUUGCAUAAAAUGCCUUUUUGUAAUAAUAAAAAAUGAAAUUUA